ACAUCGAGUACGCAGACGACAUAGCUCUUCUGGGAUCUGACCCCGUGGCAAUGCAAACAAUACUAAAUAAUCUAAAUAAUUCUGCCUCGCGGUUUGGUAUGCGCUUCACACCUGCAAAGUGUAAAGUGCUACUACAAGACUGGGUGGGCUCGAACCCUAGCUUCAUGCUUGCGGAUGAACCGAUUGAGGUAGUAGACAAAUUUGUUUGCCUGGGCAGCUGUAUCAGUCCCGGUGGUCUCGAGAAAGAUGAAAUUACCAUCCGGAUUGGGAAGGCCAGAGCAGCUUUUGCGAACCUACGUCACCUGUGGCGUAGGCGUGACAUCAGCUUCUCUGUCAAGGGUCAAGUUUACAGUGCUGAGUAUUUGACCAUCGAUGUCUUCGGAGCAUUGCCCGAAUCUGGUGGGAACACCGGAUCAGCAAUUCUGAAGACUGAUGACUCCAUUCGUCAUGCAGCAUCUGCUCGUCAUAUGGUGCCGACAUCUUCAGGAAUCUCCAAAUCAGUCCUCAAGCCUCGACACCCAGUCUAUCUGGCCGAGUUCAAUGUCCGCACUCUGAAGCAAGUAGGACAACAAGCUGCUCUUGCACUCACACUGGACUCGCUUGGCAUUGAUGUGUGCUGUGUCUCAGAAACGAGAAUUCAAGAUGCAAGCACAGUGAUUGAGUUAACCGCCCCGUCAGUCUCCACUCGCUUCCGGCUACGCACCUCUGGUGAUCCAGAGGCUGCUGCGGUGGGAUGUGCAGGGGUUGGUAUUGUGCUAAGUCACCGGGUGGAAGCAUCCUUACUUGAGUGGAUACCUGUUGAUGGUCGCCUCUGUGCGGUUCGUCUGGCAACGUCUGUGAAGGAGUCUCACAAGCGGCAAGUUGAUAGAUGUCUGUUUAUCGUGUCUGCCUAUGCCCCAACUGAUUGUAGCACUGACACCGUCAAAGACAGGUUUUACGACGCCCUGAAUGCUCUGCUGCGGCGAGCUAAAAGCUCAGACAUCGUGGUGGUUGCCGGAGAUAUGAAUGCGCAAGUGGACAGGCUCAGUGCAUCUGAGGCUCAACUGGGAGGUCGACAUGGACUGGACUCGUGUUGUGUGCGUAAUGUGGCAAUAGCGAGCUCCAUCCUCGUAGGCAGCAAAUGCGGCUACAGUCUGCUGUCCACUUUGGGCGAUCAAGUUACCGAGACAUUUUCCACGACCGGGGAUCCCAUAUGUAUCGUUGGUCGACUUUUCGAUCGGAGUCUGGUGACUCUGGUCUCACAAAACGAUAUGCGCAAACUGUUGGUGUCGCAUUCACGAAUCAACACGCUGAUAUGCCACUACCGAUAUACACUCACAAUUUUGGCAGUGAAAUUGAACCAGCAUCGUCUCGUGGUUUGCGUUGAAGACGGAAUAUUCAUUCACAACCUUCGUGACAUGCAGAUGCUCCACCGAGUGGAGGAGACCCCACCGAACCGCAAUGGCGUAAUUGCUCUGUCAUCGGCUGAAGAUAAUUGUUACCUGGCCUAUCCGGGCUCGCAUCGCGUUGGCACAGUGUAUAUCUUUGAUGCGAUGAACUUCCGCAAUGUGACUUCGAUUUCGGCUCACGAUGGUCUUCUGGCAGCCUUAGCUUUCAAUGCUGCAGGUGAUUUGUUGGCCACGGCAUCGGAGAAAGGCACGAUCAUUCGUGUGUUUUCCAUACCUCAGGGGGAUCGUUUGAUGGAAUUCCGCCGAGGACUGAGCAGGUGUGUUUCAAUUUGCUGCUUGUCGUUCAGCCUCAAUAAUCAAUUUCUCGUGGCAGCUAGUCACACAGAGACGGUACACGUAUUCAAGCUGGAAACGCGAUCAGGCAAUAAAGGCUUGGACGGUGGACCACUUACCUACACGCGUCGCCGUACUACCUCCAGCGGUUCAGUUGUCAGUCAAGGUAGCACAACUGGCGUAUGCCCCACCAGCAGUGAGGAUGGCGAAUCGGGUCCGGCUGACGACGGACAUGCUGCUGCACCUACAGUCGAUCGAGGCUCUCCCCUUGUCUCGGAUCCCAACGUCGGGAGUAGCGGCUCAUCGGGCUGGACUGGUGGACUCAUGGGCUGGAUGGGAAGCACCUUAAAGGCCUACUCAUCUUAUUUACCUCAUCAGGUUUCUGAGAUAUUCGCCCAAGACCGUGCUUUCGCCUAUGCACGUAUCCCAUCCAGUUCAUCCAGUUUCCUAUGGUCUGCGACCGGCCGAGGGAGUCCACAGUGCGUUGUUGGUACGGGUGCUGCUGGUGCCGUCUCGAGUGUCGCGACUGGUGAUGGUUCAACCGGUUCCCCUGUUCUCGUUUCUCAGCCUGUUGGAUUGCACAAAGUGGCCGCGGUCGUCUUCUACCAAAAUCAACCGAGAAUCAUAGUCGCUGGACUCGACGGCUUGGUGCAUACGUUUGCCAUUGAUCCCAUUAAUGGAGGCGAGGCAACCUUGUUACACACCCAACGCCUCCUGUCGCCCAACCCAUCCGGGACGUGUCCUCGUCCGAUAGGCCAGGGGAACGGUCCUUCACAUGGCGCUCAGAAUCCGCGCUCUACCUCGGUUGCUGAACCAGUGGGCCCCCAGUUGACAGGUGGACCUCAGCAACCUGGAGUGUACGUGGCGCCGAGAUCGCAUACAGGCCCCAUGUCACGUCCCACCACAUUUGCUGCAGCUGUCGCUGGAGGGCUCACACAAGAUACUGAAUCCAAAGGUAGCAUCCAAUCGCCAACGACCGAAUCCUAAUAAUUCGGGUUACGGGGUUUUCCGCAAUCAAUAGACCCAGGCUCCCCACCAUACACACCCUCAACAGCAAAAAUCACGACCUAUGUCUUUCUGUCCAUUUUCGUUUUGUUUUUUCUCUGAUACUCAUCAAAAUCAAGAUACUUGUAAUUUGUUAACUAACCUACCUUCAGACGCCUCCCAUAAUCGAUUAUCUCUUCGAAGCGUAUCGUUCCACACACUGCCUCUCUUUUGCACACACUACUCGCGGUUGGUUUUAUCCCCGUCUUCAACCUCAUCAUCAUCAUAAUCGAUUUUCUACCACAGAGUAUGCACAGGUGGCUAGUGUUGCUGAUAUUUUCUUGUUUUUCAGCUUUCAGCUCAUUCCUACCUGACUAGUGUUCACUCACACACAGACUGCCGUAAUUCAACGACCUUUCCUUCCGUUCUUUGUACAGACUUGAUUGUGUCGUUCCAUCCGGAUCCUCUUGUUUUCCACCACUAUUUUUUUUGUGAUGUGACGAGGGAUUUGCCGUGAUUUCACGCUGCAUCCUCAUUUUAGGGAUGGAGUUUCCUAAGCGAU